AUGGCUCCUCUGUUUCUGACGAAAAAAGAUCUUUUACGCGUUGAAACCCCUUCUUAUGACGUGACAACUGAUGCUUUCAAAACGCAUGAUACAGAAUUGGUCACUGAUAUUUUUAAAGAGGACGAUGCAUCAUCUACCCUGAAAGCUGAGUACACAGAGGCCACAGAGAUUGUUCUCACAACUGUUUUGCCUUGCGCUUAUGUUUCUUGUCAAAAUGGUGGUAAUUGUGUUGUUGAAGCAGCAUCUUUUCUGUGCAAGUGCCCGGAGCCUUUUCACGGAAGCCUCUGCGAGCUCCAUCCCUGCGAUGGAGUAGAUUGCGAGAACAAAGGAAUCUGCAUCAGUGAAUCUGCCGUUUUUGGAAAUGUCUGCGAACAUCAUCCUUGCGAUGGUAUCAACUGUCAAAAUGGUGGAACUUGCGAUGAUCAAAAUGAGGUCGGUAAAUGCAAUUGCCCAGAGCCAUUUUUGGGUGAUCUCUGCGAUAAACAUCCAUGUGAUGAUCUUGAAUGCGGUGAUCAUGGAGACUGUAAUGUUGAAUCUGGAAAUGCUCAAUGUUCUUGUCAUGAACCAUAUACAGGAGAUAAAUGCCAAACUCAUCCUUGCGAUUUAAUAACCUGUCAAAAUGGUGGAAACUGUAUCGUUGUAAAUGGAAACGGUCAAUGCAGUUGCUCUGGUUCAUUCAGUGGUAUAUUCUGUCAAUGUCCGCCGAAUUUUGUACGACCAGCGGAAAGUUUGAACUGGCAAUCGGCAAAAACUUACUGCACUCAAAUUGGAGGUUUUUUGGCAUUCUUUCGGGACGAGAACGAGUUCAGCAUUUUUAAAAACGCUCGACACGAUAAUAAUGAAGAGUGGAUCGGAUACCACCAAAAGUACCCCAAUAAUAAUGAUAUCUACGAAACAGUUGACGGAGAAGAGGCAAUUUUCUUCAAUUGGGAUAAGAGUAGCGGUGAACCAAGUAGUGCUGAUGAACAAUGCGUGAAAAUCAAGCCAGCCGAGCAGUUUGUUAUGCAUGAUUCGGGUUGCAACGCUCUCAGAAAAUUUACCUGUAUGAAAUCGCAAAAUUGCUGA